AUUUAACAGGCCAGUUCCUCUCAUCCCAACAAAGCAGCAGUGAUACCCGGAAGAGUGGACAACUCUGGCAGCGAUACUAGGGUGAGAUUUCUUUGAUUCUACUACAUUUUGCCAUUCAUUCUGUGACAUGAGGGCAUAAAUACAAAAAAAUGAGCGGAGAAAGCAAGAGUGCAAGCAUUUCAGGAAGCCUGGCUCUGGAUGACUCUGGGGAAGGACUCUCCAUUAAAGGGAAUGCAGAGAACACUAUUGCUGCCAAAAGUGACCUAAAAGCAGAGGAGGAUAUUGUCGUCGCCACGAUAAAUCUAAGCGACCUCGACGAAAGUGAUGUGCGUAACAUCCUGGAGACCCUAAAGCCGUAUGAACGCAAUAUUAAGGUUCUGACGAAAAAGGACCUGAGUGCUGGUGUUGGGCUUGACUCGUUAGGAUUGGGUCUGAAAAACUCUACAGAGGGGCUAUUAAAGUCAGGUCUUUCACUGGAUUCAUCAGCUGACCUGCCAGCGGUUUCCUUCAACGGCCUUAGUGGAGGGCUAAAUGCUGAACAUGGACUGGGUGGUAAAAUAACUGGCCCCUCUCUCACCGGAGACCUCCCCAAACUCAGCCUUAAUAAACCAUCGGCCGAUGCUGGUGCUGCAGUCACAAUGCCGUCUAUAGGACUAUCAGGACCAGAUAUGAAAGCAGAUAUAGACGGCUCACUUAAAACGCCUGAUGUCAGCGUGUCAGCUCCGCAAGUCAAGAUGCCAAAUGCAUCCUUGAAAGUUGAUAAACCAGAUUUGAAAUCAGGUGAACUCCAGGCCCCAAAGUUCAAAGUGCCAAACUUCAAACUGCCAAAAAUUGAACCAUCAAAAACAGAAAUGGAUGUCUCUGGUGACUUGGAUCUUCCAUCUGUAAGUGGAAAGGUAGAUGCACCAAAUCUCAACUUAUCAACUCCAAAGUCAAGUUUUAGUGGAGGGCUAAAUGCUGAACAUGGGGUGGAUGGUAAAAUAACUGGCCCCUCUCUCACCGGAGACCUCCCCAAACUCAGCCUUAAUAAGCCAUCGGCCGAUGCUGGUGCUGCAGUCACAAUGCCGUCUAUAGGACUAUCAGGAUCAGAUAUGAAAGCAGAUAUAGACGGCUCACUUAAAACGCCUGAUGUCAGUGUGUCGGCUCCAAAAGUCAAGAUGCCAAAUGCAUCCUUGAAAGUUGGUAAACCACAUUUGAAAUCAGGUGAAUACCAGGCCCCACAGUUCAAUAUGCCAAACUUCAAAUUGCCCAAAAUUGAACCACCAGAAACAGAAAUGGAUGUCUCUGGUGAGGUGGAUCUUCCAUCUGUAAGUGGAAAGGUAGACGCACCAAAUCUCAAUUUAUCGACUCCAAAGUCACAUUUUAAUAAGCCAAAUUUGGAAUUCAAUGAGCCAAAAGUAAAUUUGAAUGACCCUGACCUAAAAUUUGAAGCCCCCAAUGCUGAUAUUGAGGCACCUUCAGGCAAAAUCAAGUGGCCACAUUUAAAAUGGAAAAGUGGCAAAGUUAAAGGACCAGAUACUGACCUAGAUGCUGAAAUUUCAGUACCUGAUGCCAAUCUGCCCAUGGCAAAGGUUGAUGGGGAUUUAGAUGUCGAUAUUGACUUUCCCAAAGCAGACAUUAAAGGCCCUGAGGUAGAUGUUGAUUCCCCUUCUGGUAAAAUCAACUGGCCCCACUUAAAGUGGAAGAAACCAAAAUUUCAUGGCUCAAAGGAUAGUUUGGAUAUAGAUGCAAAUAUUGAUCCUGCAGAUGUUAACCUUUCUCUUCCAAAGGUGAAGGGGGAGCUUGAUCCCCCAGAUGUUGAUAUAAACCUGCCAAAGGCAGAUAUUAAAGGCCCAGACCUUGAUGUGCACACCCCAGACAUUGAUGUAGAAUCUACAGCCGGUAAAGUCAACUGGCCUCAUUUGAAAUGGAAGAAACCUAAAGUUCAAGGCUUGGCAGUAGAUGGAGAUCUAAACACACCAGAUGCAAAUCUAGCAUCUCCAAAAAUUGAGGGUGAUAUUAAUGUUCCCAAAGCUGAACUGAAUCUUCCCAAAGCUGACCUCACAGCUCCAGAUGUUGAUGCCCCCUCAGGAAAAAUCAACUGGCCUCAUCAGAAAUGGAAAAAACCUAAAGGUCAUGGCCCAAAAGCUGAAGUGGACGCGGGUUGGAAUACACCAGAUGUUAAUCUCUCAACUCCAAAGAUCGAUGGUAAAAUUAACUCACCAGAUCUUGAUCUGAAUUUACCUAAAGCUGAUGUUGACAUUGGGAAACCAGAAAUGGACAUUGAUCCUCCAUCUGGAAAGAUCAAAUUCCCCACGUUGAAAAAGCCAAAGUGGUCACUCUCUCAACCGAAGGUAAACGGUCCUGAUGUUGAUUUAGAUGCUGAUCUCUCUGGUCCCGAUCUUGAUCUCUCAACUCCCAAGAUCGAUGGUAAAAUUAACUCACCAGAUGUUGAUCUGAAUUUACCUAAAGCUGAUGUUGACAUUAAGAAACCAAAGAUGGACAUUAAUUCUAAAUCUGGAAAGGUCAAAUUUCCCACGUUGAAAAAGCCAAAGUGGUCACUCUCUCAACCGAAGGUAAACGGUCCUGAUGUCGAUUUAGAUGCUGAUCUCUCUGGCCCUGAUCUUGAUCUCUCAGCUCCCAAGAUCGAUGGUAAAAUUAACUCACCAGAUGUUGAUCUGAAUUUACCUAAAGCUGAUGUUGACAUUAAGAAACCAGAGAUGGACAUCAAUCCUCCAUCUGGAAAGAUCAAAUUCCCCACGUUGAAAAAGCCAAAGUGGUCACUCUCUCAACCGAAGAUAAAUGGUCCUGAUGUUGAUUUAGAUGCUGAUCUCUCUGGUCCUGAUCUUAAUCUCUCAGCUCCCAAGAUCGAUGGUAAAAUUAACUCGCCAGACUUUGAUCUGAAUUUACCUAACGCUGAUGUUGACAUUAAGAAACCAGAAAUGGACAUUAAUCCUAAAUCUGGAAAGGUCAAAUUUCCCACGUUGAAAAAGCCAAAGUGGUCACUCUCUCAACCGAAGGUAAACGGUCCUGAUGUUGAUUUAGAUGCUGAUCUCUCUGGUCCUGGUCUUGAUCUCUCAGCUCCCAAGAUCGAUGGUAAAAUUAACUCACCAGACUUUGAUCUGAAUUUACCUAAAGCUGAUGUUGACAUUAAGAAACCAGAAAUGGACAUUAAUCCUAAAUCUGGAAAGAUCAAAUUUCCCACAUUGAAAAAGCCAAAGUGGUCACUCUCUCAACCGAAGGUAAACGGUCCUGAUAUCGAUUUAGAUGCUGAUCUCUCUGGCCCUGAUCUUGAUCUCUCAGCUCCCAAGAUCGAUGGUAAAAUUAACUCACCAGACAUUGGUCUGAAUUUACCUAAAGCUGAUGUUGACAUUGAGAAACCAGAGAUGGACAUUGAUCCUCCAUCUGGAAAGAUCAAAUUGCCCACGUUGAAAAAGCCAAAGUGGUCACUCUCUCAACCGAAGGUAAACGGUCCUGAUGUUGAUUUAGAUGCUGAUCUCUCUGGUCCUGAUCUUGAUCUCUCAACUCCAAAGAUCGAUGGUAAAAUUAACUCACCAGACUUUGAUCUGAAUUUACCUAAAGCUGAUGUUGACAUUGAGAAACCAGAGAUGGACAUUGAUCCUCCAUCUGGAAAGAUCAAAUUGCCCACAUUGAAAAAGCCAAAGUGGUCACUCUCUCAACCGAAGGUAAAUGGUCCUGAUAUCGAUUUAGAUGCUGAUCUCUCUGGCCCUGAUCUUGAUCUCUCAGCUCCCAAGAUCGAUGGUAAAAUUAACUCACCAGACAUUGGUCUGAAUUUACCUAAAGCUGAUGCUGACAUUGAGAAACCAGAAAUGGACAUUGAUCCUCCAUCUGGAAAGAUCAAAUUGCCCACAUUGAAAAAGCCAAAGUGGUCACUCUCUCAACCGAAGAUAAAUGGUCCUGAUAUUGAUUUAGAUGCUGAUCUCUCUGGCCCUGAUCUUGACCUCUCAGCUCCGAAGAUUGAAGGUGAAAUACACACACCAGACCUGAAUCUAAAAGCACCCAAAACACAACUGCAAAGCCAAAAGUUUGAUCUCAAUGCCAAGUUGCCAAACACUGAACUGGAAGUACCUGAUGUCACAAUAAAAUCUCCAAAUUUGCAUACCAACCCACCAAACCUAGCCCUUAAAGCACCUGAUGGACAGAUAAAAACACCAGAUCUAGAGUUAGAUCCACUUCUUGGAGACUUCAAAAUGCCUCAUUUCAAGGUCCCAGCACUUGAUCUUUCAAGUUCGAAUGCAGGAAUUGAUGCACCCAAAGUUAACUUGAGCAAUCCUACAGCUGAUGCCAGCAUUUCUGUUCCUGCAGUGGAACUGAAUGGACCAAAGGUGGAAGGACGCAAAGUUGACAUUAACGCUCCAGGUGUAGAUGCCAAUGUUGAGAAGUCCAGAUUCCCACAUUUCAAAAUGCCAAAGUUAAGCUUUUUAGGACCUAAGGUGAAAACUGGAGAGGUCAAUGCCAGUGCAAGUGAUGUCGAUGAUGACGAUGAUGAUGAUUCAAAUGUUGAAACUGAUGUUCCUAUCUUCAGAUUACAUUCGCUACCCAAAUCAACCUUUGAUGGCUUUGGUGAUUUUUCUGAUGCAUUUGGCUUAUCAAAAUGUGACAAUGAAGAACAGGACUUUGUUGUAAGAAAAGGGAUAAAACUACCAGUAAGUAAUACAGCAACAGCAACGGGCAAGAUUGAUAUUAUGCAGAUACUGAGACUGUCAAAGGAAAAACCCUCCAGUGUCUCACCAACGGAAGAUGCUAAUCUGAGACUUGCUGCUCCUGGUUUAGAUGUCAGUGCCUCUGCAGAAGCAGAAGAUUCCUCUCUAGGUACUUUAAAAAUAGAAAAUCCUGGGUCUGUAGAGGGUUCAGCAGAUGAAAAUCAAAGACUAUCCCAGGGUCUUGCCAAUAUGCUUUGUCUUGGCUCUGAUGAUCCAGAUGCUGUCUGACUCUGAAAAAGUAGGACUCAAAUCUGAAAUGCUGUGUAUACCUGUACUUAAAUCAAAUUCACAUCUGUUUAUAUUACGGUAAUAGAAUCUAGAUUUUUUUUUUUAAUGAGCUAUGUUGAUAUUCCUGUUAUUUAUGCAAGCUUUUUUUCCAAACUUUUUCAUUUGAAUACAUUUUACCUAGUAAAGUGCAUGUUAUCAAAGUACACAAUAGAACUCUGAAUAUUGUUUUGCCAUUUAACAUUUUAAGAUCAAUUUGUGAAUGUAAUUGUUUUUGCUUAAUAAAUCACUGAAACAUCCUCAAA